AUGUUUGCUGCAGCGACGUCUUUCUUUGCGCGCACCAAUAUCUCCCAAUCAUACAACGUCGGCGGCGGGAAUUCGAUCACCAAUAGUAGGACUUCCACGCCAGCUCCGUCUGGAUCGUCGUCGAACGUACCAACUGCGACCACUCAUGCUCCUCCAUUCAAUGUCGGUCCAUGGCGCGUGCAGUCCGCUACACACAAGGUCACACACAAGCGUGUCUCCGUCUGGAGUGCCGACAAGCGGAGCCAGGAGAUGGAGAGAAUGGGCCCUGUGUCGAAAGAGAGGACCAUUGAGGUGCUGAAAGCGGAGGCCUCUGCGCUGAGUCGCCUAAGGCACCCGUGUAUUCUGGAAAUGGUCGAGCCACUUGAAGAAACUCGCAAUGAGCUCAUAUUCGCCACAGAGCCAGUGCUGUCAUCACUACACCUCUCCAUCCCAGGGUCGUUCCAGUAUACGCCCUUAGUCGAGCUAGACGAAGUUGAAAUACAAAAGGGCAUCCUGCAAGUUUGCAAGGGUCUGGCGUUCCUGCACAGCUCUGCACGGACGAUACACACUAAUGUGACGCCUGAGGCUGUUUUGAUCAACAGUUCCGGUGAUUGGAAGAUUUCCGGUCUUGGUUUAACUAUUCCUCUGUCAGCACCAGGCGGCGGGCCGACGCGAUGGGAAUUCCCUACCUUCGAUGGCCGAGUGUCCCCUUACACUCAGCGAUCUUUUGAUUAUAUGGCACCAGAGUAUGCACUAGAUGAGGUCCUGGACCCUGCUUCUGACAUGUACUCGCUCGGAUGUCUCAUGUAUGCGGUACAUUGCAAGGGCAAUCCGCCAUUCAAAAACCAUGGGAGUAUCAGUGCCCUGCGCGACAAUGCCGGCAAACCACUCCCCAGGUUGGAACGGCUUGAUCCCGACCUACGAGUCCUUCUCAGCUCGCUCAUCACGCGACAUCCGCAUAACAGACCUUCCCCGAGCUCACUUCCAUCGCAUUCGUUUUUCUCGUCAUUGCCGAUCUCAACCCUCAAUUUCCUUGAUCGCUCCAACUUCGCCGCUAAGUCUCGCGAAGAGAAGGUAUCCUUUAUGAAAGGGCUUACCGUAGUUCUGCGUAAGUUCUCAGAAGGACUCCGGAUAAGGAAGAUAUUACCUUCUCUAUUGGAAGAGAUGAAGGACACACAACUACUGCCAUACAUACUGCCCAAUAUCUUCGCCAUCUCUCAAAUCCUAUCAUCGAGCCAAUUUGCGAGCCUAGUGCUCCCUAGCCUCAAACCCCUUUUUGCGAUCAAGGAACCACCGCAGAAUAUGAUUACUCUACUCGAUAAUCUGCAGAUGCUGCAAGACAAGACAGAGAAACCUGUGUUUCGCGAAGAUGUGUUGCCGCUGGUUUAUAAUGCGCUGGAGUCGGAACAUGCUAUCGUGCAAGAACGCGCGUUGAAAGCUGUUCCUGACCUGUGCGAGAGCAUAGACUACGCUGAGGUUCAAGGAGUACUAUUCCCUCGCGUUGCUCUCGUCUUCACGAAGACCCGUGUACUCUCAGUAAAGGUGGCUACGCUGAGAACCUUCCUUGCGAUGGUCAAGAACUUGGAUCAAACGAGUCUCACACAGAAACUUGUACCUCUCCUUUCCAAGAUCCGUACCAAAGAGCCCGCGGUCACUAUGGCAACAUUGGCUGUGCAGGAGGCAACGGGAAUGAAGGUAGAUCGAGAAGCCGUCGCUACAUUGGUGCUGCCCCAACUAUGGGCGAUGUCCAUGGGUCCUCUGUUGACGGUCUCUCAAUUCAAGCGAUUCAUGGAGGUCAUUCGCAAGCUAGGCGAUCGCGUUGAACGAGAGCACGACCAGUAUCUUCGGGAUUCACAACGCAUAGAGGAUCGUUCGGAGAUCACCGUCAACGGAGCGUCGGGCAUGGUCAGCCUCGGUGGUGCUGUCGAUUUUGAGACGCUUGUGAGCAAUGGCGCGGUUGCGACGGUCAAGGCGGACACCGUCAUAGAUAGCUCACAGAAUUGGGAGGACGAUGUAUGGGGUAGCAUCUUCACAAAUGACCCACCGGUGCGUGCACAACCAAAAAGUGAAAGUACACCGGUUAUGCAGAGUCCGAUGGUUUCGCCACCCGUGCAGCCUUUGUCCACGCAGACACAAUCUCUGCCUUCAACUCCAAGAGCUAACGCGAUGCAGUCGAACUCCACAGGAAGCAAUUUCAAUCGACCGAGCAAAGGGCUCGGUGCGAUACCAGUUCCCGCGUCCUCUUACAAUGCGGCUUCCUUCGCACAACCAACAGGUACACAGAAUGUGCCAAUACAGGCAAGACAAUCAGUAUCUACGUCGAACCCGAUACCCUCGUUGCAGCCCGCUAUUCCCUUUUCAACGCCUGCGAACCCUCCACUAGCACCCAACUAUACCAUUUCGCUCCCGCCAGCGCAACAUUCACUAACCAUGUCAACGCCGCCUUUGUUUGCGUCAUCUCCGGGCAUAGGUGCUCCACUGAUACCGUCAAAGCCUCCACAACCGUCCUGGUCGGGUACGAUUGCAACAAAGCAAUUGUCAAAGGAUGAUUGGGGCGAUUUUGAUCCACUGGCAUGA